AUGUCUUUAACUGACGAACAAAAGAAAAUUAUAAAAUCAACAGCACCAAUCUUAAAAGAAUGGGGCAAAGAAAUAACUUCAAUAUUUUACAAACAGAUGUUUAUAGCUCAUCCAGAAUUAUUAAAUUUGUUCAAUCAAACUAAUCAAAAGAUUGGUACACAACCAUUAGCAUUAGCUAAUACAAUUUAUUUUGCUGCUGAAAAUAUUGAUCAUUUGGAUGUACUUACACCACAAGUUCAAAUUAUUGCUCACAAACAUCGAGCUGUAACUGUUUUAGAGGAACAUUAUCCUAUUGUUGGCAAAUAUUUACUUAUUGCUAUAAAGGAAUUUUUAGGUGAAAAAGCAACACCAGAAAUUUUAGAUGCAUGGAGAGUUGCUUAUGAUAUUAUUGCUAAAGUUUUCAUUGAUGUUGAAAAAGAAUUAUACGAUGAACUUGGGCCAGAUGAAUGUGACAAAGGUUUUGUUCCAUUGACUAUUAUUAAAAAAGAAGAAAUUGCAAGUGGACCAAUUGUUGCUCUUACAUUAGAACGUCGUGAUGGUGGCAAAAUGCAUAAUUAUCAACCAGGACAAUAUAUCACACUUCGUAUUAAAAAAGAUGGUUGGUUCCAUAAUCGACAUUAUAGUCUUGUUAAACCAUUUGAUGGUAAAACUUAUUGUGUUGCUAUUAAAGAUGAAAUUGAUCAUGAGCCAAAAGGUCUUGUUUCUAAUGAAAUAAUUGAUAAUUAUCAUGUAGGUGAUACAAUUUUAACAAGUUUUCCAGCUGGUACAUUUACAUUAAUUGAUGAUGCUAAACAUCAUUUAUUUAUUGCUGGUGGAAUUGGUAUAUCUGUUCUUUCAUCAAUGAUUCUUGAAUUGCAUAAACGAAAUAAAUCAAAUAGUGCAACAUUAAUUCAAUGUGUAGCAACAAGAGAACAUGCAGCUUUUGCUAAUCAAUUCAGAUCAUUUCUUUCGGAAAAUCAAUAUAAAUUAUUUUUUCAAGGUGAAAAAUUAAACAAAGAAGAUUUACAAAAGUUAUUAACAGGAGAUUCACAUGUAUAUUUAUGUGGUUCAGUACCAUUUAUGAAUACGAUUGAAGAUUAUUUAGCUGAAUGUGGUCAUCCAUCAUCUCAAAUUCAUAUAGAAGUAUUUCAACCAACACUUAGUGUAAUUCGAGAUGCAGUUAAGAACGAUGCAAAAACAAAAUCAUUAUAA